AUGACGGCGCCGAGACCUCCUCCCUCUGGGCGAUUACGAUCGCUGCGAUGUUCGUCGGAGAAGAUGGAAGGCACCGGAAGCUGGGACGUGAUUGAAUGGACUAAACACGAUCCAGCUUCUUGGUCAAGCUCGUUUUCGAACUUGGAUUGCUUGCUCGAAUUUGAGAGGAUCAUCUAUGAGUGUUGUGGAGUUAUCCUCAUAAACACCGAUGAGGCAGGGACCCUCUUGCUGACGAAUUUCCGGAUUAUGUUUUUGAGUGAAGGAAGCAGAAAGCUCGUUCCACUUGGUACAAUUCCACUACAAGCUAUCGAGAAGUUUACCAAAUUGGUGCCGAAACUUCAAUCAAACAGACAUCUCUCCAACAAGGAUCCACCAAAACGUCUUUUACAGGUCACUGGCAAAGACAUGAGGAUAAUUGUCUAUGGUUUUCUCCCUGGAAUCAAGCAGAGACGUGCUGUAGUUGAUGCACUAUCGAGGUGUCGCAAGCCAGAGAGAGUAUGGGAUCUUUAUGCUUUUACAUGUGGGCCUUCCAAGUUCGGUAACACAAAUCCAAAGGAAAGAUUGCUUAAUGAAUAUUUUCGGCUUCUCGGAAAAAGUUCAUCGCGAGCGUCGAAGAAUAUGAUUGAAGACGGUUCAUUCACAUUGUCCAAUGACCUUUGGCGGAUAACUGACUUGAACUCCAAUUAUAACUUGUGUCAGACUUAUCCAUUUGCUUUAAUGGUUCCAAAAUCCAUUAGUGAUGAAGAGCUCAUCCAGGCGUCUACUUUCCGGGCAAAAUGUCGCUUGCCUGUGAUCUCGUGGUGUCAUCCGGGAAGUGGAGCUGUGAUUGCUCGCUCAUCACAACCUUUAGUUGGUCUGAUGAUGAACAUGAGGAGUAACUUUGAUGAAAAACUGGUUGCUUCAUUCUGCACUCAGUUAGCUGGUCCUAACGGAGCGCCACGGAAGCUUUAUAUCGCAGAUGCAAGACCUAGGAAAAAUGCACUAGCAAAUGGAGCGAAGGGAGGAGGCUCAGAAUCAUCUUCAAAUUAUUUGCAAUCUGAGAUUGUUUUCUUUGGGAUAGACAACAUUCAUGCAAUUAGAGAGAGCUUUUCCCGCCUUAGGGAUUAUUUAGAUAUGCACGGUACAACAUCAUCCGAUGGCACGUCGUCAUUCUUGAGACAUGGUGGCUGGACUUGGGGUGGAGGUAAUCUCAGUAGUAUGUCUGCUUCAGUAUCCUUGCUUGGAGAAAGUGGUUGGUUGAGCCACAUCCAAAGCAUCUUAGCUGGUGUGGCAUGGAUUGCUGCACGUGUUGCUAUGGAGUCGGCAUCAGUUCUUGUGCACUGCAGCGAUGGAUGGGACAGAACAACUCAGCUGGUUUCUCUUGCAUGCUUAUUGCUUGACCCAUACUACAGAACAUUUGCUGGGUUUCAGGCUCUUAUCGAAAAAGAUUGGUUAGCGUUCGGACACCCAUUUUCGGAUCGUGUGGCAAUGCCUGAUGUUUCUGGAUCUGACAGUUUUGAAUUACCAAUUCAGUCUUCUUCUGCUAAAAGUUUCCCUUCAUCUCCAGUACGGCAAUCUUCAGGAUCAGCAGCUGCUCAAUCUUCACAUAUGCUGAACGACUAUGCUCCUAUAUUUUUGCAGUGGAUUGAUUGCGUUUCGCAGCUAAUGCGGAUGUAUCCUUCUGCUUUUGAGUUUUCUCCGACUUUCCUGGUAGAUUUCACGGACUGCUUGCUUUCAUGUCGUUUUGGGAACUUUUUGUGCAAUAGUGAAAAGGAGAGGCAGGAAUGUGGGAUUUCCGAAUCGUGUGGAUGCAUUUGGGCUUACUUGACUAAUUUGCGUUCCGUCAGUGGAACUUCUCAUGUCCAUUGUAACCUGUUUUAUGACCCGUCAAUAUAUAAUGGCCCACUAUUACCUCCCGCAGCAGCUCUAGCCCCAACUCUCUGGCCACAGUUCCAUCUCCGGUGGGCCUGCCCCGUGGAACCAAACGCUGCAGAAACCGAAAACCAAUGUAGAGCCGUGACUGUUAAGUAUUCAGAAAUGAAGAAGGAGAAAGAAGAAGCAGAAAGGAAGGUAGGUGAGCUAUCUUCUGCAGUGGAGUCAUUGAGUGAAGAGUUGGUUAGCGAGAAAAACACGAGUCGUGCAGCUAGAGAAUCAGCAAAGAGAGCUACAAAAGAGCUUGCAGUGAUAACACGAGCCGUGCAGUCACUAGGCUGCAAAGUUAACUUCACUAGGAAUGGAGAUUGCACAGUCGAAGUAGAAGACGGGCCACAGAAAUGUUCUCACCCAGUCCUCCAAACACCAUCUGAGAACAGCACAACAGUGAUCUCAGAAUCUAUCUCAUCAGUGGCUGAGGAGAAUGUUAGCGAAUCAUUGUGUCCGUUGCGUGCGAGAGAAGGAACGUGUCGAUGGCCUGAUGCGGGGUGUGCUCAGAUAAGGAGCCAGUUUGCUGGGUUUACAGCGAACUAUGAAGCGUUUGACAAACUCUCCAUCUACGACAGCUACUUCACAGCUGAAUGA